CCCAACAGUUCUAAACUGUCUUCUGCUGUGUGUGGCAGAGAGCAACUUCUUCUCAGCAGACUGGGGUGUGGCGGCUUAGAAAACACUCAAAGAAAUCAGAGACCGUUCAACCUUAGCUGCCUAACGGCGCAUAUUAUUCAAAACCAUCGGCGAUCCCUGAACGGACUAACCGAGGAAAACAUCGGGGAUUUUUGCAUUUUCUGAUUCAUUCAGUUUGUCUCAUCGAUCGGCUUGCUUUUUUUUUUAUCCAUGAGGGGUUGAUCUCAACUUUUAUUUUUUGCGAACUUUUUUUUUUGGAUAUGUGGAUAUAAGUUUUCCCCCUCCCUAUUCGCGUGAUGUAAAACUCCAGCGUCUGGCUACUUGGUUUCUCCUGGGAGCUUUAAACGUCAACAGUUUCCAGGUGUUGUUCUGAUCUCAGUCACAGAUAUAAAUUCAUCUCUUUUUUUUCCCAAACCCCCCCAAACAUCUUUUGGGCGCAUAAAAUAUCAGUUUUGGAUCUACUAAGUGUCUUAAGGACAUUUCCUUUCCUUGGACUUGAGGCAGUCAUUUUUUUCAAAGCCAAAAGAGGAAGUUAGUCACGGAAGACUAAAAUAUCCAGUCGCUUUAAAAGGGUAAUACCUUUUAUUUUUUUUCUCCUAAAUCUAUACUCAUAAAUCCGUAGCCCUGAAGCGCGCAUUCGGAACCAUGGGCUGUACCGUGAGCCAGGAAGAUAAAGCCGCGGCCGAGCGGUCCAAAAUGAUUGACAGGAAUCUGCGCGAGGACGGCGAGAAAGCCGCCAAAGAAGUGAAACUGCUGUUGUUGGGUGCUGGAGAAUCGGGGAAGAGCACCAUCGUAAAACAGAUGAAAAUUAUCCAUGAGGAUGGCUACUCGGAGGAAGAGUGCAAGCAGUAUCGAGCGGUGGUCUACAGUAACACCAUACAGUCCAUCAUGGCCAUCAUUAAAGCCAUGAGCAACCUCAAGAUCGAAUAUGAGGACAGUGGCAGAGCGGAUGAUGCCCGUCAGUUGUUUGCCCUGGCCGGGGCGGCAGAGGAACAGGGCAUCCUGCCUGAUGACCUGGCAAAUGUCAUCACCAGACUGUGGGCUGAUGGAGGGGUACAGAACUGCUUCACCCGCGCCAGAGAGUACCAGCUCAACGACUCCGCUGCAUAUUAUCUGAAUGACAUGGACAGGAUAGCCAAAGCAGACUACAUCCCAACCCAGCAGGAUGUGCUGAGGACCAGAGUGAAGACCACUGGAAUCGUAGAGACACAUUUCACCUUCAAAGACCUACACUUCAAGAUGUUUGAUGUCGGUGGCCAGCGUUCAGAGAGGAAGAAGUGGAUCCACUGUUUCGAAGGGGUGACGGCCAUUAUCUUUUGUGUGGCCAUGAGUGCGUAUGACCUGGUGCUGGCUGAGGAUGAAGAAAUGAACCGAAUGCAUGAGAGCAUGAAGCUCUUCGACAGCAUCUGCAACAACAAGUGGUUCACCGAGACCUCCAUCAUCCUCUUCCUCAACAAGAAAGAUCUGUUUGAGCAGAAGAUCACACACAGCCCCUUGACCAUCUGCUUCCCUGAGUAUGCAGGUGCCAACAACUACGACGAGGCCGCCGAGUACAUCCGCAGCAAGUUUGAGGACCUGAACAAGAAGAAGGAAACAAAGGAGAUCUACCCUCACUUCACCUGUGCCACAGACACCAAGAACGUGCAGUUCGUUUUCGACGCCGUCACCGAUGUCAUCAUCAAAAACAACCUGAAGGAUUGUGGGCUCUUCUAGGGCACAAAAACAGGAAGAUGAGUCAAGAUUACUUGAACAGUUUUGAUGACCAGAGGAAGCAGGGGUGGAAUAAGUCCCGGGCAUCUGCACUGGCCAACCACGACUCCUGCUUCCACACCACAACUGAUAGCUCAGCGGAGCAAGACACAAUUUCAACGAUUGCCAACAACCUUAGCCUCUGUCCGCCCUCCCUCCCGACCGACACCGUCCCAUCAUUGUGUUUGACAUUUAAUAUCUGUAUUAAUAACUCCUUGGGCUAUGACCACAAAUCGCCAACUGUUGUAUUAUCCAUUGUCAAUUUUUUUUUGUUGUUUAUUUUCUCUCCUUUUGUUAAUUUUUUUUCUUUCGAGUCAUAGCAGAGGCAACAAAAAGUUUUUAUAUGAUACUUUCAUUUUACUCUAGGGAAUUUGAAAUUUUAUUAAUUGCAUAAUGCUUAUUUUUUAAACAACCAGCUGGCAUUGGAUAUUGAGUAUGAUUGAUUGAAAAAGGAAAGCGCUUUUUUAUGAUGUUUACAUGACGUCCUUGUUGAUAGCAAAACGGAAAGUUUUCCUGCAUGAUAGAUGAAAGCAAAUAUAUCAAUACAAGUAAUCAGUUCACAUCAGCGUAACAUUCCUUUUUAAAAUUAAAUGAAAAAAAAAAGUACAAAAACAACAAAAAAAACCUAAAAAGCACAAAAAAAGCUUCACAAAUGGGGAAAGAACUGCUAAAAUGUAACUGAUAUUUAAAGUAUGUACGUAACAGUAUCUAACAAUCUUUUUUUCUUCUCUUCUAUCUCCUCAUUCCUCUUUCUAGCAUUCUGUUUGUGCCUUGACUUCCGUUUACAAUGGACUUUAUUUUCUCCCCCAGUUGUCCUACUGUACCUAAACAUUUCUGCUGCGGAAAUUUCACACCAUGUAAGAAUAAAUAGUGAUUAAUAAUGGAAAUCUAAUUGAGAAAAAGGGUAGUGUUAUUUGUUUCAUUUUUUGGUAAAGAUUAAAGUUGAAAGUCCUAUAUAAUGAUUUAAUUUAAAUAAAGGUUCAUUCACUAGA